CGGAAACAAUGGACAAGCAGCCACCUCAUGGCAUCGACGACCUCCCGGGGUGCUUCAAGCUCGACGAAGCGACGCUGGUGCAAGGCGCGGCCUCGCCAACGCCGACGUGCGCCAUGUGGACAGGCGUCUUCGAUGGCACGUACCACGGCGCGCCCGUCCUCAUGAAGGAGGUCGCGUUGCCGGACGCUGCCAAGCAGCGCGAGAUCUACCGCAGCGUGCGCUUGGCCAUGGACAUGUACCAUCCCAACAUAACCCAGUUCUUCGGCGUGAGCUUCCAGAACCCGGAGAAGAAGCGAGUACGCUUUGUGACCGAGAGGCUCGAGCGCGGCGACUUGGCGGCCAUCUUGGCCAGCGACGAAGAGCUCUCGGUGCAGCGUUGCGUGCAGCUCAUGCGCGACGUCGCCUGUGCCAUGUCCUACCUGCACGCGCAGGCGAAGCCCAUUCUGCACCGCGACUUGCGCGCCGCCAACGUCCACAUCUCGCACGACUACCGCGCCAAGCUGGUCAACUUUGAGUUCGGCGGCAAGCUCGGCCUUGACAAGACGUUGAUUGGGACGCCGGCGUGGGCCGCGCCCGAGAUCUUGGCAGGCGACGCCAACUACACGGAGAAGGUCGACGUUUAUAGCUUUGCCAUGCUCAUGCUUGAGAUCAUGAACCGCAAGGUGCCGUAUUCCGAAGAGCCGAACGACCUGCCUGCGCGAGUGCUACUGGGAGAAAUCGUCGAGCAAGCCCGCCGCCCGCGCAUCAUGGACCGAAACAAGUGGCCGCGACCGCUCCUCCACCUCGUCGACUCGUGCUGGCAGAAGGAUCCGACCGAGCGCCCGUCGUUUGAUGAGAUUGCGGCCAAGCUCCAAGCGAUUUUGAACCCACCAUCGAGCCCCAAUAAGCGUUGCAACGCGGCUCGGUCGACAAAGGCUGGUACGACCGCUGGCAACAACGAGAACGUCAGCACCAAGCGAGCGCGGUGCGCAGACCGUUGCGAUGCCACGUAAAGAAAGGCUUUUGACCGUAGCGUCUUGGUACUGUCACACGAGUAUGGCCACCUCAGUUUCAACUAGGCUGAGAUAUAAACUAUUUAAAAACACGUACAUAUUGUCUACCGC